GAUCCACCGGUUUCCGUGAGUCUGCUUCAUGAAAACACCCACACAAAGUCACAGAGAUCUGUGGGAAGUGUCUGAGCUGUGGCCUGUUUCUUUUUUCUUUCUUUCUUUUUUUUUUUUUUUUAUUAUGAUUUUCUCAGAGGAGGGAGGAUCUUAACUGCCCAGCUUCAGCGAGUGAAAACAGCACACAUUAUCAACACGGGAGCAGACAGAAACUCACGAGGACUGAAACAUUUCAGUAUAUUAACACUAACAUCGAUUAACCAGAGGAACAACUAAACACUACGUGCGGACGGAGGAGGACGUGGGGCAGCACUCAUGGAGCGAUACGACAACCUGGAUUUGGAUUUGGAGUGUGAAGGAGGAGGCGUAGCUGAAAAAGCAGCAUUAUUUGGAGGGAUGUUUAAAAGAUCCUCCAAGGCUGCAGAACCAUCGCUCCAUGCACAGGACAGUUUAUCAGUCAGCAGUGAACUUUCGAAGAGCAAUGACAGUCUGACUGACAACAGCAACAAGGGGAAAGAAGGCGUGUUUAAAGGAAUGUUUAAGAAGACGACCAAAGCUGCCAAAGAGGACCAGCCGCAGGCCUCCCUAUAUCCUGAAUUGCCUGUCAGUAGUGACAGCUUAAGAGACAACAAGUCAUCAAAGGAAAAAUCAGGUGUGUUUGGAGGGAUACUGAAACGAGGACAUGCUCGGAGGCCUUCACAGGAUCUUUUGGACGCUGAGUUCACAGCCGGGAACGACGGUCAGUCUGAGAACACCACAGCUAAGGAGUCAGGAGGGGUGUUCAGUGGGAUGUUUAAAAAAGCCUCAAAGCCUUUUGGAGCGAGGACACAAUCUCAGGAGGAUCUGUCUGCAGCCAACGAGCUCUCAGGCAGCAAAGACAAUCUUUCUGUGACUAGCAACACUAAGGAGUCAGGAGGGGUGUUCAGUGGGAUGUUUAAAAAAUCUCCAAAGCCUCCUGGAGCGAGGGCACAAUCUCAGGAGGAUUUGUGUGCAUCCAGCGAGCUCUCAGGCAGCAAAGACAAUCUUUCUGUGAACAGCAACACUAAGGAGUCAGGAGGGGUGUUCAGUGGGAUGUUUAAAAAGCCAAAGCCUCCUGGAGCGAGGACACAAUCUCAGGAGGAUCUGUCUGCAGCCAGCGAGCUCUCGGGCAGCAAAGACAAUCUUUCUGUGACUAGCAACACUAAGGAGACAGGAGGGGUGUUCAGUGGGAUGUUCAAAAAAUCGCCAAAGCCUCUCGGAACGAGGACAAAAUCUCAGGAUGAUUUGUCUGAACCCAGCAAGCUCUCAGGCAGCAAUGACAAUCUUUCAGAGAACACUAAGGAGAAAGGAAUCUUUGGUGGUGUCUUCAAGAAAAAAGGUGCCAAAUCUCAGUCUCAGGAUGAUUUGUCCAUGGAUGGUGAACUCUCUGCCAGCAGUGACAGCCUUGUGGAGAAGUCUUCAAAGGGUGGAGCAGCAGCAAAGAUCCUGAAGAAUCCUUUCACCUCAUCAGCUCAGGAUAAGGAAAAGACUGAACGCUCAGGAGACUCAAACGAGAAUAGUUCUACUGCAGAGAAGCCCAAAGCAAAGCAGAAUGGUUUUAGUGCGAUGAUGAAGAGCACCUUCUACACCGACAAACAGGAGAAGGACUCUGACUCUGACUCUGAGGCAAUAUUGGACAAUGGAGAGAGCCAGCCCAGCCACAAACAGAGCAAACUUGCCGAGGCGAUGGAAAAGCUGAACCCGUUUCGAUCUGCACACAAACAUGAAAAGCCGUCAAGCUCUGAUGACGAGGAUCCGCCUGCGAGCAGCGAGAAGUCAUCAGUCAACAAACAGAGCUCUAUGGCUGGAGCCAUGUCCAAACUGAAUUUUUUCCACUCUUCAAAUAAAAAAGACACCGAAGACACAGAGACGCUCAAGGAGAACAAGAAACAAGUGGAAGAAAAGUCAAAACCGAGCAACAAGACCCAGCGAGAGAGAAAAGAAAGAAGUGAAACUCCAACGGUCCCACCCAGACCUUCUAAAGAGGAGAUGAAGAGCAUAUCCACAUACGGCAAAGUAAAAGCAAGAGGAACUGAGGAUAAUCAGGAUAACAAAGACAUGAUCUCCACAUCUGCCAGACCAUCAGAGGAGGAGCUGAGCAAAACAGCAAGACAAAAGCAGAAGAGCAACCACCAGAGCCAAUCAGACGAUGAAGGCCUCAAAGGUGAAUCUGCGGAAGCCAAAGAGGGAGAAGAGGUGCCCCCACCAGAAAGCAAAACAACCAAAGUGAAAAAACACAAACACCACAAUCCGUUCAUGCCACGCAGUGGACCCAAGCUUCAGGCUCCGUCUGAUGAUGAAGGGCUGAAAGACGAAGAUGAAGAUGAAGAGGAAAAGAAGGAUGAGGAGGGCAAAGACAAAACAGCGACCAAAGUCAAGAAGCCAAAGAGACACAAUCCUUUCAUGCCUCGGGUCAAGGGCAAAGUCAUACAGAAGAGAGCACAGGACGGAGCCGCAGAGAAUGAAGGUGGAAAUAGAACCUUGUUUGACCAGCUGGAAGACUUCCGUAUUGACCCAGCACAGCCUGAAGACGGACGGGAUGUGGAUCUCAUGGAGUGGUGGAACACAGUGGAGUCUUGGGAGGACACACCUCAAGAUGAUGACAUGACAGAAAAAGAAGAGGCCAAGGCGUUUGCUGUGACAGCAGAGAAGGUGCAGAAGGGCAUCCGAGUCUUCAACAAACUGUUCUCAGAGCGUGCGGAGAGCCUCUGGCAGCACGUCAUCGACCUCAACAGCAUUGCAGAUGGUCUGGACAAGUUCAGCAAGAACACAAAGAUUGCUCAAAUCACCGGUGGCUCCACCAGCGCCAUCGGGGGAGUGGCCACCAUCGCUGGCCUCGCUCUGGCCCCAGUCACCAUGGGAACCUCCUUGAUUGUGACGGCAGUUGGACUGGGUGUCGCCACUGCGGGCGGUCUGACAUCAGCAGGUGCCGGUAUCUCCAACCAGGUCAACAACUCCAUGGACCGCAAGAAGGUAGAGAAGAUUGUGCAGGAUUAUCAGGAAAAGAUCCUCGACCUCAACAAGUGCCUGAAAUUCAUCAAGCAAGGUAUCGAGAACCUGAAGCAGUUCGACCUGAUCAAGAUGAAAAAUCACGCCUACAACCGCGACUUCCCUGUGCUCAGUAGUAGUUUCUAUGAGGACGGCGCCAUGGCAGGAAAAGCGAUCCUCAUCAACGCUAAUGAGAUCAUGCGUGUGGUGCAGAUCGCCAACGUGGCAGGCAGCACAGCAGCCAGAGCGGUCCAGAUUGCCAGUAUGGCUACUGGUGUGCUCACCGGACUCUUUGUAGGUAUGGACAUCUACUUUGUGGCCAAAGACUCCAAAGAACUCAAGAAAGGGGCCAAGUCAGAGUUUGCGGCCAAAAUCAGGGAGGUGGCUACGCAGCUUCACGACGGUCUGGUGGAGCUCAACGGGAUACGAGAAGAGCUGCAGGCCACUUCUCCAGAAAAUGACGCAGCCAGUGAUACACCUGCUCCAGACAGUGAAAAGAAAGAGAAAGAGAAAGAGUACAAAUAUGACAGUUCAAGUGAAGAUGAAAUCGACCGCAUUAAAAAGGCCAUUAAACAGGACUAUGAGAACCGAGAGUAUGUCUGACAAAAACUAAGAACAGUGCUUUGACAUAAUGCUUUUAGAGCACGGUCAGUUUCCUGUUCUCCUACAAAAUGUUCAAGUGAUUUUGAAAGUACGUGCUUAAAUCUCCAGCAUACUGCUGCAUUGUUAGCAUCUAUGAGGUGGUUGGUGCCAGUUUCUUAAAAUGCAAAACUACUCUCAGGCCUAUUUUAAACGCCAACAGAGGAAACUCCACUCUUGAUGAAAUACACUAGUUUCUGAAACUUAUGGACUUUUAUGUUAGGGACCUGACUGCUUGCAUGGAGCUGAGGCUUUGUGCUAGAUAAAGUAUCAUAUCUGCUUUUCUGGUUGCUGUGCCAACAUGUGAAACUGCCAUGUGGUCCUUAAGAAAAUGGGCUCAAAGGUUUAAAAUCAUGUAUUUGGAUUGUAGAUAAGUAAACAAGUACAAAGUAUUUUGUCAACUUUUUAUAAUUUAGACUUUAAAGUGUUGCUUAGAGUUUCAAAGUACAUCAGUUAAUACAGAAACACUUUUACUGAUCAGGAGAUUGUGUAGACUCUUAGGGACAAGUGCCUUUAUUAUUUAUAAUGCCUUAGAAAUGCAUAUGAUGCAAUGUAGCAUUAGUUUGUUUACUUAUGUUGUUUUUCUGGUGUCAGGGCUGCAACUAACUCAUUUCCCUCUCAUCCUCUGCUUGAGGUUUUAGAUCUGAUGUGGGAUGUUUUUAAGUCUUGAUAUUGGACUUAUUUUGAAGAAUGGUAGUGAUGAGCUUUGUUUUCUAGCUACUUUAUAGUAAAAACUACUGAUUCACUAAACUGAGCUGCUUUAUUAAAAUGUAAAGGUUCUGUAUGCGACAUGCAGAGGAUAAUUAUAGCUGCAGACAAAUAUUUGCUAUGUGAAGAUAUAGUGGAACCAAUGGCAUCCUGAGCAGAGAAUGAAGUCACACUGCCUCAGGGUGUGUUUUAAUUUGAGCUUCUCUAUGGUUUGUUGUGGUAAGCUGGUCCGACCACGCGUGCAUGUUCGUGGAUGUGUGUGUUCCACUGACUAACUCAUUGCCAACACUUUGCUCUGUGCUUAUACAACAGUUUUUGCAACAGAUAUUGAGAUGGCCACCCAUGGUUCCUCCCUGGUGGACACUGUUAGCUCUGUCAGCAUUGUUGCCGUUGUUUAGUGCCGUUUACAGAGUUAACACCAUUAGCUGCUAGCCGCCGGCUCAGUUGAGAACCGUGUCCAGACACCUCAUAUGCUCUGAAUUUUGCAUAGAGCCCCUAGUUUUUAAAUGUGUCCUCAGUUAUAUUAGGUGUUUUAAUGGCUUCCAGGUGUAAAAUCAUCCUUUACUAGACAACAGGAAUGACACAGGUCUGUAAAAACCAGUCAUGACUAUGUCAGUCUGUCCUGAAAGAAUCUGUUGCCAUUUCCUUUUAAUGUGGCAUUAAUAUUUAAAGACUUUUAUUUCAAAGUCAGGGUCUGAUAUGUGGUUUGUACUGGAGGCUCUAAUGAUGUCAGCUCUGUGGUCUGUUUAAUGAACUUUAUAUUUAUUUUUCUGGGUGGAGUUGUUCAUUCGAUACUACCUUUUUAUGUGCAAUAUAUUGUAGACCUAUGUGUAAUUAAUGUGAAAUUGAUAAAUAAAGGCCAGAGAAACAUA